AUGGCCACUGUAUUCACUGAAAAAGGACUAGAUGAUUUAUUCCAGAGCUUAAGGGAGGUUAGCAAUGAUGAUGCUGUUGAGAUCUUUGAAAAUAGAGUCUCCACAAUACGUGACGAGAAUUUGAUGGAGCAACCAAGUGAUGAAGCUGUGAAAGAGAGGUUUUUAAAGCCGUCAAAUGUUUUACCUUGGAGUCUUCUCGAUACUGUGCAAAGUGUUCCUCAAUUGGAUUUCAUGAAGGACGAUGAUCAAAUCAGUAUCAAUAAGUAUGAUUAUAAAGGGUUGGUGAAGAUUCCAGGGCCACUAGGCAGAACUUCUUACCAUCUGAGAAGGAAGGGGAUUGAAGGAAGAAUUUGUGGCUAUAAGGAAGGCGUGAAUUUGAAAGAAGUGGCAAACGCAAAUGCUUCGAAUUCUUUGUCGCUUAAUAGAAGCAUAAGCAGCCAUAGCAACACAACCAGGGGAUCGACGUCUCAAUUGCCAUUCACUCCAGGCGGGAUUUCAAUGAAUGCGAUCCAUGGCUCGGCUCAAGGAAUUUCCCUUACUGAAAAGGUUACAAAAUUAUUGCACAAGGAUGACCAGGGAUUAUUCGAUGUGCCCAGUGGGCUUGAGAGAGGGAUACGACCUCUGGCUCCUAACGUGAAGAAUGAAACCAAGCCACUAAGUGACGUUAAGGAGCUGAAUGAUGUGAAUAACGAUUUCAAUGUCGAGGAGGAGCUUACAAAUGAGAGGCUGAGAACCGAGAAGGAAACUGAUUACGAAACGGUAUCUACAACUCCGAAAGAACAGACUGGCGGGACCGCCUUGCCUGAUAUCGAUGAUCUGUUACCGAUGGGUAUCGAUUUCGCAAGAAAUGUUCCGAGUACGCAAAAGAAGCUUGAAAGGAAAGAGUGGGCACAUGUCGUAGAUCUGAACCAUAAAAUCGAUAAUUUUGCCGAGCUGGUCCCCAAUCCCGCGAGAACAUGGCCUUUUGAACUCGAUACCUUCCAAAAAGAAGCAGUCUAUCAUCUGGAACAGGGAGACUCUGUGUUCGUCGCCGCACAUACGUCCGCUGGUAAAACGGUAGUUGCUGAAUACGCAAUUGCCAUGUCUAAGAGAAACAUGACAAAGACUAUCUACACAUCUCCUAUCAAGGCUUUGUCAAACCAAAAGUUCCGAGAUUUUAAGGAGACUUUUGAUGAUGUGGGCGUAGGCUUAAUCACCGGUGAUGUCCAGAUCAACCCCGAGGCAAACUGCCUGAUUAUGACGACAGAGAUCUUGAGAUCUAUGCUGUACAGAGGUGCCGAUCUGAUCAGAGAUGUCGAAUUUGUAAUCUUUGAUGAGGUUCAUUACGUUAACGACCAGGACCGUGGUGUCGUUUGGGAAGAAGUCAUCAUCAUGCUGCCUCAGCAUGUCAAAUUCAUUCUUCUUUCAGCCACUGUGCCAAACACUUUCGAAUUUGCUAAUUGGAUAGGCAGGACAAAGCAGAAGAACAUUUAUGUCAUUUCCACUCCAAAGAGACCAGUGCCACUGGAGAUCAAUAUAUGGGCUAAGAACCAGUUGAUCCCAGUCAUAAGCCCUAAUAAGGAAUUCCUGGAUGCGAACUUCAAGAAGCACAAAGAUUUGUUAGCGGGCGAACCUGUCAAUGAUCUUAAGAAGAAAGAAUCUCAACGUGGGUCUAAUCAGCGAGGUCCGCCACAACGUGGUGGACGCGGAGGACGUGGUGGACGCGGUGGGAGUGGCAAUGGACGAGGGGGUUCUCGUGGAGCUGGAGCUAUCGGCUCGAACAAAAGUCAAUUUUUCAAGAGAAGUGGUCCAUCUAAAAAGACCUGGCCUGACGUCGUCAACUACCUGAAGUCGAAAGAUCUAUUACCGGCGGUGGUUUUCGUUUUUAGCAAGAAACGGUGUGAGGAGUAUGCAGACUGGCUAGAAGGUGUCAACUUUUGCAAUGGUAAAGAAAAAUCUCAGAUUUUCAUGUUCAUUGAAAAAUCAGUAACUAGAUUAAAGAAAGAAGAUAGGGAAUUGCCGCAGAUUUUAAAAAUAAGAUCGCUCUUGGAGCGUGGUAUUGCAGUUCACCAUGGAGGUUUGCUACCAAUUGUGAAGGAGCUUAUUGAGAUGCUUUUCGCUCGAGGUCUAAUUAGAGUCCUUUUCGCAACUGAGACAUUUGCCAUGGGUUUGAACCUUCCUACCAGGACUGUUGUUUUCAGUGAGAUACAAAAACAUGACGGUACAGGCUUGAGAAAUCUGACACCUGGCGAAUUCACCCAAAUGGCCGGAAGAGCGGGCCGUCGUGGUUUAGACGAAAAGGGUGUCGUCAUAGUCAUGGCCUAUAAUGACCCUCUGCAAUCUGCUUCUUUCAAAGAAGUUACGCUUGGUAUUCCAACAAAACUGCAGUCACAAUUUAGGCUCACUUACAAUAUGAUUUUGAAUCUUCUCAGAAUUGAAGCAUUGAAAGUUGAGGAGAUGAUAAAAUACUCGUUCAGCGAGAAUUCUAAGCAGACUCUCUUACCUGAGCAGGAACAGAAAAUUAUGGAGCUACAAGAUAAAUUGCAAGAGAUACAAUUCUACGAUACUGCGGAUUCUAAUGCUGACCUAGACGGAUUUUUGUAUGCAGUUGUCAAGUACAGAAAGGUUACUGCCCAGAUGAUGGAAGAGCUGGCCAAGACCGACGCAAUUUUCCAUGCUCUCAAAGUGGGAAGAUUGAUCGUCUUUCGGGACUCGAAUGACAAUGCUAGACUUGGAUUCGUAUUCCGCACCAAUAUGAAAGACAAUUCUGCUGUUGUAAUGACUUUCACUGAGCCGAAUGCGUUGAGUAACGGCGAGCCAAAUCACCUACCGUAUAUUGCGGGAAUGACCAAGUAUACCAUUAAUAAUUUUACCAAAUUCAAAAGCACCCGAUAUUCUAUGGAGGAAGUUCCACUAACUUCCAUCGAGCUUAUAACGGCUUACACACUGAAAAUAUCUUUUACAAGCAUUAUGAAAAAGGAGGAAGAAGCCAUGAAGGAAUUUGAUGAUGAAGUCAGGAUCAUUUUAAAGAUUUCUCAGAGGCUGAAGGAAAGUUUGGCAGAGAAGAAAGGAAGCUUGAAAGUUCAUCAGAAGAUUCUGGAAAGAAACAACAUCAAGACAGAGAUCAUGUCAUUGCGAGCAGUGAGCGACCCACGUCUCGCCGAGCAAUUCCUGCCAAAAUACAAAGCUUUCAAGAUCCAGGAGGAGAUUGAAAAUUUACGGCAUUUGAUGUCAGAUCAGAACUUGAAUUUACUGCCGGAUUACGAAAGGAGAUUGGCUGUUUUGAAAGAUGCCGGAUUUAUCGACCAGAACCAGAACGUUCUAUUGAAAGGAAGAGUUGCUUGUGAGAUUAAUUCGGGAUAUGAAUUGGUCCUUACGGAGCUAAUUCUAGACAAUUUCUUGGGUGAUUUUGAACCAGAGGAAAUCGUUGCUCUCUUGUCUGUUUUCGUUUACGAAGGCCGUACUCGAGAGGAAGAACCGCCAAUCGUUACACCAAGGCUUGCUAGGGGUAAAAAACGUAUUGAAGAAAUCUACAGCCAAAUGUUGAAAGUCUACGAGGCACACCAGAUUCCUCUAACCAGAGAGGAAGCAGAAUUCCUGGAGAAAAAAAGGUUUGCACUCAUGAAUGUUGUUUACGAGUGGGCUCGCGGUCUUUCCUUUAAAGAAAUCAUGGAGAUAAGUGUGGAAGCCGAGGGUACUGUCGUUAGAGUGAUAACUUGGCUGGACGAAAUUUGCCGUGAAGUGAAAACCGCAUCAAUAAUUAUUGGGAACACCAACCUUCAUAUGAAGAUGAGUCAAGCCCAGGAGCUCAUCAAGAGGGACAUUGUGUUUGCCGCCUCACUUUACUUGUAA